UAGUGCAGGUAACUUGACAGCAGUGACUGUGGAGCUGCUGGAAGUUCUCCUCAGCAGCCUCCUCCUCCACCUCUUCUCUGUUCUGCAGCAGCAGCCGAUAGACGACACAUACAAAGAGGGAAAAUUCUGCAAAGACACACGGGAGGGCCUACAGUGAGCCGUUUAAAGCUACAGUCAAUGCCGAAUUUUCUGAGAGGUCCAACGCCGGGCUUCUUCUGGAACCACUUGCUGAUGACCUGCGGCAGAGGCUACUAUGUCUGUCUGAAAUAACUACUUAUCCUGGUGCCCCCCAAAGGAAAAAAAACUGUGUAACUGUGUAUGUGUGGUGGAAAAGUGAGGGAGUGAAAGUGUGCAAGAGAGCCAGGACCUUCGUCAGCAGCCAUGGCCCAUGAGAGCGCUGUUUUGUCCCACUGCUAAGCGAGGGGGCAUCAGAGAGGGCUGGAGACAUGUUGGGACAGAAGCCCGGGGACCACUGCACUGAAUUCUGUUACUAUAGCAUCUACUGUAGUAACCAUGGAAACGCUAUGGAGGACCGGUCUAGUCUGCACUCUCAUCAUCAUCGUGGUUGCAACCAAAGUUGCAGGUGGUCGCAGAGAUGAAUUUCAGUCACAGGCUGCCUUCCUAUCCAGUCUAGACCAGUAUGAGAUUGCCUUUCCAGUACGUGUAGCACCUCAUGAUGACACACUGGACACGGAAACGUCUCAUCACCAUCAACGAAGGAGACGCGGCGCCCAGGACAAGCCUCCAGAUACUCUCUUCUACCAGCUGCCUACAUCACAUACCAACUUCCUGCUGAACCUUACGCUGCAAGGAGGUCUGUUGGCUCGACAGUUCCGGGUGGAGUACUGGAGGCGAGGUCAGCUAGCCUGGAGCCACUCAUAUUCUCCCCAGUGUCACUAUAUAGGACACCUCCAAGACCAACCACAUUCCAGUAAAGUGGCUCUCAGCAACUGUAAUGGCCUGCAGGGGGUGAUAGUUGCGGGACAAGAGGAAUACCUGAUUGAGCCCCUUGUCUCACCAGAUAACCAAACCAGGAUGGAGAAGGGCGAAGAGGCGGAAGGGCGCCCCCAUGUGGUUUACAAGCGGUCUUCGCUUCGCCACCAGUACAUGGACCAGUCCUGUGGAGUCCUAGAUGAGAAGCCGGUGAAGGGCGCGUCAUGGUGGCAGCGGACUCUGAAGACACCGCCAUCACGUGGCCGUGGCCAGCUGCCUCUGAAGCGCUCAGUGAGCAGGGAGCGCUACGUGGAGACACUGGUAGUAGCUGACAAAAUGAUGGUAGGCUACCAUGGCCGUAGAGACAUCGAGCAGUACAUCCUGGCCGUCAUUAAUAUUGUUGCCAAACUGUUCGAGGAUUCUAGUCUGGGGAAUGCAGUCAACAUUGUGGUGACUCGACUCAUCCUGCUCAUGGAGGACCAGCCAACACUAGAGAUCAAUCACCACGCAGGAAAGUCUUUGGACAGCUUUUGCAAGUGGCAGAAAUCCAUCCAACACCGGAGCAGCUACGGGAACGCUAUACCAGACAACGGGAUUGCUCACCAUGACACAGCUGUGCUCAUCACCAGGUAUGACAUCUGCAUCUACAAAAACAAGCCCUGUGGAACUCUAGGUCUGGCUCCUGUAGGAGGGAUGUGUGAGCCGGAGAGGAGCUGCAGCAUCAAUGAAGAUAUCGGCCUGGCAACAGCCUUCACCAUCGCCCAUGAGAUCGGGCACACGUUUGGGAUGAACCAUGAUGGUGUGGGGAACGCCUGCGGCUCCCGCAGUCAGGAGAUGGCCAAGCUGAUGGCUGCCCACAUCACCAUGAAGACCAACCCAUUUGUCUGGUCUGCCUGCAGCCGAGAUUACAUCACCAGCUUCCUGGACUCAGGUUUGGGCUCCUGUUUGAACAACAUUCCUCCAAAGCAAGAGUUUGUGUACCCCACCACAGCUCCGGGACAGGCCUACGAUGCAGACGAACAGUGCCGCUUCCAGUACGGCGUCAAAUCACGGCAGUGUAAAUAUGGGGAAGUCUGCACCGAACUUUGGUGCAUGAGCAAAAGCAACCGUUGUAUCACCAGCAGCAUUCCUGCCGCAGAAGGAACCAUCUGUCAGACCAACACCAUAGAGAAAGGGUGGUGCUACAAGAGGGUGUGCGUGUUGUACGGGACACGUCCAGAAGGUGUGGACGGAGGCUGGGGGCUUUGGUCACCCUGGGAGGAGUGCAGUCGGACCUGCGGAGGGGGAGUCUCUUCAUCUGUCAGACACUGUGACAGCCCGCGGCCAACCAUUGGUGGAAAGUAUUGUCUGGGAGAGAGAAAGCGCUUCAGGUCCUGCAACAUUGAUGAGUGCCCUGCAGGCUCGCAGGAUUUCCGGGAGAUUCAGUGCUCUGACUUUGACAGUGUUCCUUUCCGGGGAAAAUUUUACACCUGGAAGCCAUACAGAGGGGGUGGAGUGAAGUCCUGUUCUCUCAACUGUCUGGCCGAAGGAUACAACUUCUACACGGAGCGCGCUCCGGCCGUGGUGGACGGCACGCCUUGCAGAGUCGAUACUCUGGACGUGUGCGUAAACGGCGAGUGUAAGCAUGUAGGAUGUGAUCGUAUCCUCAGCUCAGACAUGCGCGAGGACCGUUGCCGGAUCUGUGGGGGUGAUGGGAGCAGUUGCGAGUCUAUUGAUGGAAUCUUCAAUGACUCACUGCCUGAAGGAGGUUAUGAAGAGGUGAUAAGAAUUCCUAAAGGGUCAGUCUUCAUUCACAUACAAGAACUCAACGUGUCCCUCAACUACCUUGUGCUGAAGAGUAAAGGGGACCAGUACUUUAUCAAUGGCAAGUUGACCAUUGACUCGCCCCGUAGGUUUGAUAUUGCUGGAACCAAUUUUCACUACAGGCGGCCAACUGAUGGACCCGAAACUCUUGAGGCUUUGGGGCCAACAAAUAUGAGCCUCAUUGUGAUGGUGCUGGUUAGGGAGGAGAAUCCAGGAAUCCACUAUCGUUUCAACCCUCCAGUCAACAGGGAUCCUCUGAGUGGCUACGCCUGGCACUACACCUCCUGGUCACGCUGCUCCGCCCUCUGUGCUGGAGGUGUGCAGGUUCAGCAGGUGGUGUGUAAGAAGCAAGCUGAUCAUUCCAUCAUCUACAACCACUUCUGUGACAAGAAGAACAAACCCAAAGAAAAAAGAAGAGCCUGCAACACUGAGCCGUGCUCCCCGACCUGGUGGACUGGAGAGUGGUCGGAGUGCAGCCGCAGCUGUAACGGCGGCCUGCAGACACGAGAGGUGUUAUGCAAAAGGAAGUUCUCUGCAUCAGAGGAGAAAGUUCUCGAUGACUCAGCCUGCACCCUUCCACGUCCUCCUCUCACUGAACCGUGCAACAAUCACAGCUGCCCACCCGAGUGGCUGGCCCUGGACUGGUCAGAGUGUACGCCCAGCUGUGGUCCUGGCUACAGACACCGUGUGGUCUUGUGUAAGAGUGGCGAGAGCGGCGACACGCUGCCCGAGUCUAAGUGCUCAAAGUUUAGCCGGCCCACCUCCAGGGUGCGCUGUAACCUGCAGCGCUGCCCACCCCCUCUGUGGGUAACGGGUCCCUGGGGAGAGUGCUCCUCAAAGUGUGGCGUGGGACAGGAAAUGCGUUCUGUGCAAUGUCUAACCCACACAGGCCAGCUGUCCAACGAGUGCCUGGAACAUCAGCGGCCAGCGGCCAUGCAGCAGUGCAAGAGCAAAUGUGACCUCAGUCUUCCCAUUAGUACAGACAACCCAGAAGAGUGUAAAGAUGUGAGUACUGUGGCAUACUGCCCCCUGGUGCUCAGGUUCAAGUUCUGCAGCCGACCAUACUUCAGACAGAUGUGCUGCAAGACCUGCCAGGGACACUGACCUGCAGCCUUCGACCUCACGGUGUCCAUGUUUGGGUUGUUACCCGCACACAGUAAGGCUGAAAUUUCCCACUGACACUGAGCCUUGUUACACAGAUGUUGUGUAAGACCACCAGGGGGCGAUCUCAGAUAACGGUUUAGAGGGGCUCCAUCCCAGCCCUGACACAUCUCCAAGCCCAGACUGUGGCUGAGCGGACCAGCUUGAACAGAGUUAUACAUUCCACUGGAGGAACGGCUGCUCAAACCUGGAUAAACACAGAAAGACAGUAACAUUCUCCCAGGAUCAACCAGCACCUCUUCCUUCCUCCCACUCUCUCUUUCCGUUUUCGUUUCUCAAAACUAUCCCUUGGUAACAUUUUGGUGCUACUAUGUUUCAUUUUGGUCACAGGUGUGUUCACAGUACUCUGAGUGUUUAGCCUGAUUUAUCAAACCUGUAUGAUAGGUGUGGAUAUAAAUCCUAAAAUCACUUGGUUAAAGCUACAGGAUGUAGGUUUUAGUGUCAUCUAGUGGUGAGGUUGCAGAUUGCAUUAUGCUGUCUCUAGUCAUGAUUUUGUUUCUCUUCAUGUUUUUCCCAUCUUUGGUUAUGGGGAUUCAUACUUCAUUGGCUUCUCUUGUGAGAAGAAGAAUAUGUACAUUUCACAAAAAUGGCGGUUCUCAAACAUGUUAGCCUGCACUAGCAAACAGUAGACAAUGUAUAGGGAAGCAACCACUGAUUCCUCUUCUGUUUUCUUCAGUCUGCAGUGUCCUGCAAAAUGCUAAAGGCAGUGUAAGUAUGUUCCGUUUGGGCUACAGUAUUAACAUGGUGGUGCUACAUGGCAGCCUCCAAGAGGGGGCGCACUCUCACAUAGAUAUGAAGGCCUCACUCUAAACAUACAAACACAUGGAUUUGUUGUUGCAGGUAAUUAUACACUAAUGAAUAGAUACGUAUGAAUGCUGCAUUCCAUUUCUAAUUAAUUCCCCUAAAUCUUACAUACUGUAGCUUUAAAGAUGAUAAUUCUCACAAUAUCUUUGCCCAUGAAACGGAAUAUGUUACAAAAUGAGUUAUUUGUAUGUUAUUUGGUAGUUGUUACUUGACGUUGUUUUAUGCUCUUUGUGUAUUCAUCAGUCCUCACUGUUACUUAGCUGAAGUAUGAGCAGUUUGAUUUGCACAAAGUGCCAGCCGUCAGAGGACUUUUCUAUGUAUUUUAUGUCUGUUUUCAUGUGAUUUGACUUGAUGUAUCUCUGUGGAAGCUGUAGCCGUCUGUACUCCUUGCAGUGUGCGUGCCACAGUCUUGCCAUUUUGCUGGAUGUUGGUCAUUGUGCUUAAACGUUGUCACCUCUACAAUAAAGCGGUGCUUCAUGCUGCCCAGGACAGGUAGACACACUGCUUCAGAUAUGCAACCAAACCAAAGCCAACGCUGACUCACAAGCAUAUUUGCAGACGGUAAGAUCUUAUUGUGCUGUAGCUGCAAAUGCUUAUGCAUUCAAAAAAAAAUCUACAAACAGGAACUUCAAAGGCUCGGUCAGCAUCAGCAUAUGAAAUUCCAUUCAGAUUUCGGCUGCUGUUAAUUUAUUAGGUCUAUUUUUGGCCCAUGUAACCACUCAUGGUCAUGCAUGACCUGUGACAGGAACAUUAAAAGGGUUAUAUUGUGCGAAGCUCUGUAUUUUAUAGUUAAAAUAACUGGGGUGUCAUGAUAAAUACCCCCCAUGUAAUCCUAUAAAUCUGUAUGACUUUGCCUGUAGACUUUCAUCUGCUAUAAAUGAAAUUCAGGCCUGAAACACUUGGAUUCAGACUUCUUUGACGUAUGUACAGUGACUCCAUAUCCAGAUUCCUGUUUCAUCGGUGAAGGAAUGAGCCACAUAUAGCCGGGCUCCACUCUUUGCAACACUCCACAACUCAUAGUUUAUAGGAGGGUAACAGAUAUGUCCCCUCUUCAAAGGGAAAGAGGGCAGAGCAAACAGGAGCUCCUUUCCACUGAGAGCAUCAGGCACAGAAACCAUUUUAAAGACUGACACAUGAACAACUAGUGGUGCACACCACACCUAGGCUUUGGAAAUUAAAUAACUAAUAUGAAACUUAUACCAAACUACAUGUAACUUGAAAACGACACAUGUUGAGAGAGAUGGAGAGAAGGAACAAGUGUCUGUUUGGGCUAUAUUCAUUCAAUAUCCUUUCCACAGGGUUGUGUCUACUUGUGUUAUUUGAAUAUUACAAUGUAACCACUGUUAAACAUCCAUUAAUC